AUGAAAGCACCCUCUACCCCUAACAAUCAACCUUCAAGCUCUAGUGCACUUUCCUCUCAACCUUUACCCAACCCCAAUGGUGGAAUUAAUGCCAUCACUUUGAAGUCAAAAACUACAUUGCAAGAGAGGAGUCCCAAGGAGCCAAGCUCAAGAGAAGACACUCAAGUUGAAGACAUUGUUGAGGUAGAAGAUGUUGAAGAAGAGGAUGAAGUACAAGAUGCAUUUGAAGAAGAAGUUGCUCAACCAAGUAAUGGAGUAUCUAAGGAAGAUGAUGCUGUGAGAGAAGCCAUUCCCUUUCCUUUUCCAUACCCUGCUAGGAGGACUAAGAAGCAAGUGGAGCUAGAUCCUAAGAUGGUGGAGAUCUUCAAAAAGGUUGAGAUACAUGAUUUAGAAACUAUUCCCUUGGGUAGCUCAAUUUCUGCUUUGAUGGGUGCUAUACCGGAGAAAUGUGGUGACCGGUCCUUGCAUGGUGCAUGUGUUAGUAUUAUGCCAUUAUUUGUAUAUGAUGCUUUGAUGCUCCCACCCUUGAAAAGGUCGGCAGCGCGUUUUAUUUUGGCAGAUAAGAGCAUAAUCUUGGUGGUUGGCAUUGCGGAAGACAUCUUGGAGAGCAUUAAAGGGUUGACGUUUCCUAUUGACUUCUACAUUCUAGAGAUGCCCCCUAGUGACUCAAGAAGACCUUCAUCCAUCUUGCUUGGAAGGUCAUUUUUGAAGACUUCACGGUUUAAAUUGGAUGCCUUCUUGGGUACCUAUUCUUUUGAGAUAGAUGGUAGAGCAGUGAGCUUCAACCUUGAUGAAGCUAUGAAGCACCCACCGGAAGACCACUCUAUCUUCCAGUGUGACAUUAUUGAUGAGAUUGUGCCUGAAGUUUACCAAGAGGCAAUAGAAGAGAAGAACAUGGAGCAAGAUGAUCAAGUGCCAAGCCAUGAGCUGAAAAUGGAGUUGAAGCCCCUUCUACCUCACCUCAAGUAUGCCUAUCUUGAGGACAAUCAAAAGCUCCCAGUGAUUAUUGCAAAGGAGCUUACUUCCCAACAAGAGGAGCGCUUGCUUAGUAUACUUAGAAGACACAAGAAAGCUAUUGGGUGGAGUUAG